AUGUUCAAUGGGCUUCUGGCCGACAACCGCCAUUUUCAUUUUCAAAGCUCCGUAUCUUUGAGAAUUGUUCUACUGCCGUUUCCGGUUUGGGUGGUGUGUAAGGAUGCAGUCGAUAUGGUGUUACUUGUGAAGAUGCUGAAGGCUUAUGUUUGGCUUCAAACUUCUGAUGGUUCAAUUCAGCAAGUGGAGCAAGAGGUUGCCAUGCUUUGUCCAUUUAUAUGUCGAGAAAUCCGUUCCGGCAUGGGAUCUUCUAAAAACUAUCCAAUUUCUCUUCCUUCAAGGGAGAGGAAGACCUUUGAUGAGAAAUUUGUUCGAAUGUGUACCAAACGGCUUUGUGAGCUGACGUCGGCUGCUGAUAGCCUACACCUGAGGCCUCUGGUUGAUCUCACGAGUCGUUCACUUGCAAGGGUGAUUGAAGGGAAGUCCCCAGAAGAAAUACGAGAGAUAUUUCAUCUGCCUGAUGAUCUCACAGAGGUUUUCUUGUUAAUAUCUAGUAGCAUGCUGUCACAGGAAGAAAAAUUGGAGCCUAUAAAAAACACUAUGGAUGACCCGAGGAUUCGGCUUUUGAAUAGAUUGUAUGCUAGAAAGAGGAAAGAAUUAAAAGAAAGAGAGCAAAUAAAGAAUAUUGAAGUUGAAGACGAUCAUGAGGAUGAGCGCUCAGUUGAUGAUCUCUUGUCUUUUAUCAAUGGAGAUUCUAAGGCGGCCAGAACUAGUAAACCCAAAAAGAAGAAUCGCAAGAGAAAAGAUCAUCAAAAGCCUGCUCCUUCUAACCACAACGAGUCGACUGAGCUUGAUUCAGUGUGCAGUAAUUCCAAAUUGCAUAAUCUUUGUAAUGCCACAAAGCUGCUAGACAUCAAGGACGACAAAAUCGGACCUUCUGAUGAUGAGUUUGAUGUGUGUGAUUUGGAUGAUGAUAUCGACCCUGUGCUGAAAGAAAAAAUUGAUAGGGAAGUGGAGGACUUUGCGAGACGAUUGAACUCAGGUUGGCCUGAAAGGAUUCAACAGUUUGUGUUUCUAGGUCAAGAGAGAAGGCAUUAUGGUUGACCUUCAAUGGAAGUUGUUCCUUGGAGAUUUACGAGCGUAAACCGGCACCUUUAAUGAUCCUCAGGAUGCGGCUCUGUCAAUUUUGAAAUGAAGAUCAUGGAGAGUUUUUUGGAUCUUCAUUUUGUCCGAAUGCUGGUUUUUGAUGUAAAGCAGUGUUGAUUCACAUCCAUGCUUUCUCUCUUCCCUUUUUUUGAUCCUGGCAUUUAAAUAUUUAAUUUUCAUUUUCUGGGCUGAACAUGUCUGAUGGAAGAAUACAACAGUAGGAAAAAAAAGAAUGGUAUUUAGCGUGCAAAUAUGGGCCUUUUUUUGCUACACCUUAUCGUCUUCUGUUGUUGUUCCUGAAGGUGUUUGUGUUCGUCAGUCGGCAUAUAACCGGCACUUCUCCAGCAAGUGAAGUAUAUGUUAUAUAUAUGAAAGGAAGAAGACAAUGCAUUUGAGUUUAUGGGGUGUUUAUUUUGCAAUGGCAUAUUUUCUUGUUAAAUAGGACGUUUUUAUAUUUAGUAUAUUUUUAAUAUUAACUUAAGUAAACACAAAUGCUGUACUAAGGUCUUAACCCGUAUAGUUGGUUAGUACUAUUUUUGUAAGAAAAUAUUGGAAAAUUGUCUCUAAUUGAGCCAUCCCAUAAAGUUUGGUUUUCUUAUUUGAAGUUCAAACCGUUGACUCAAAUUAAAAAGCGUGAAAGAAAGGUAUUUUUAUCCGCU